AUGAAACAAGAAUUCAACAAUCUCCUCUCAAGAAAAAAAGAAUUUCUGGCUCGACAACGACGUUGCUCACUGCUAAUCGACCCGCUGAAAACAGCUGAUAAUCCCCUAAUACCAGAAUCAAUAAUAAUUGAAUGGCCGAAAGUUGUUGAGGGUAUUCCCUCUAUGAACGAAUCUGUUGAGAUCGACAUGGCACCGCUCAUUCAUCGAGCUCGCAGUGUCAUCAAGUGUCGUACAAGUCAUCCAACGAUGAGAGUCAAGUACGUUCGUAAUGAGGGCAGCAUAUUAAUAAUGAGAGAAAGCGCAUCGUUGAAUAAAUCCCUUCUUCCCCACCUAUGUAGGAAUCUGCUUCAUUUACCCUCUUUGAAGAGCAGUUCUGACAGGCAGGCAGCAGGACGUAUGAUCCUCACGCAACGAGAAGGAACACCAGCAACCAAGAACUCGGACCAGAAUGGAGCAACCGUCAGUGAUGGGAAACUGAUAGCUAGCCAGGCUGUUUCAAGUAACGUUACGCGUGUACUGUUGGAACGAAUGGGUGAACGAGACGCUAAAACGACCCCGUUCAAAUACGACAAUCGCGUUCUCUGUGCUACAUUCCCAGAAAUGGGAGUGGCUCUGAACUCGAUGGUGGAUCGACGUCAGUUGGCUACGAGAUAUGCCAUUCAAGUCGAAGUUGCUAUCAACAUCGAUAACAAGCUGAUCGUGAACCAUGACGCAUCCGAAAUGUUCAGCGAAACGUCGACAGUCCCUUGGGCAGUACUGCGUCAGGCGAUACAGAACUAUGUGAAAGCACAGAUAGUCCAAGCACGGAGCCUUCAAUAUCAUGAGGUCUGCCACAUACAGUGCAUGAUCUUGCUUCCACGGGUGAUUCGCUGUAAAACUGCGGAGGAACUGGAUUCGUUAGAACGCGAGCUUUACGGAAACGUCAAAGGAUCAUCCACGAGGAGCCGGUGCACUGAAAUCAGGGACCGACUGCUAACUGAACAAGUUCUUGCAGCAACCCUGAUAGAAAGGAGAGAGCUCAUGGUGAACAAAUGCUUCUCAUGUCUGGAUGUGUCCACCGAAUUGCAGCAUACUGUAUGGUCAUGGUUAUUCAAAGCUACCGAAAUGCUGCAGGAUGUUGGUCAUAAAUUGUGUCCCAGUCCCAUUUUGGGCGAGAAAAAAGGCUCAAAAACGAAAAAGCAGAUGGCUGCUUGCGAGGAUUACCAAACAAUGCUGCAGCGUCUGCGUACAAUAAAGGGUGAUCUUAUCACUUCGCCAGCACCUUGUGCGGCGUUCAACGAAUAUUUCGUGACACCACAGCAUCCAUGGGGAACGAAGCGAUGCUUGUUCGAAUGUGUGAUGAAAACUGUGGAUUUCUCUCAUUUGUCUUCGGAUUUGAAAAGUGAGCCUUUUAUUCCCAAAGGUGGAAGUCCUUCAAUGUUGCUCCGAAUGGGUUCCCUUUCUGCGGAACACGUGAAGGACUUCAAACAAGGUCUACCAGAAGUGUUGAUGGAUGAACAAUUUCCUGCAAAAUUCGAGCACCUUCUCAAAAUUGAUGCAAAUGACCUUGAUAAUUAUGGCAGUGACUUGUUUCUUUACUUGAGGAAACGCGCCGUGUUCCACAGCUACGAGACAAUGCGUUUGGACACCAGCGUUCACGUUCAAGACAACGAAUCAGUUCGAGUAAAUCCCCUAACCGGGGAAAAAAUCCUCAGGAUAUCUCCUCCGACAAGCGAACUUGUUCAACCAACGCCUCGUCCAGUACCACAGGCAUCUUUUGUGAAUCUUCCAUCAGUAUCGAACGCUUUGCUGUCCCUACUCCAGCAGCAGAUGACUUUACCAACAACGGCGUUCACUUCUGGAAUAUCGAGCGGAUUCGACAUACGGACCCUUUUGCGAACAAUCAAGCUGCCAGAAACAGCUGAGUAA